AUGUGCGAUAAGAGUUUGCUUGAAAAUCAAAUCAUUAACGCCAUGCUUGGAAAUAGUUCAAUGACUUAUCGAGAUUAGUUCAAUGAAACUAGAAAUAAUACAGUAUCGGGUUAUAAGUCAAUGCCUGAGUCUAAUGCUGUCUUUUCUGAGAGAACUUAGCAAUAUACAAAUCAAGAUAGAUAAAACAGAAUGGAUCAUAAAUAACAAUCUAUGAUUGCGAAAGGGACAUUUAUAAAGCAAGAAUACAAUUUAUAUGAUCCUUAAAUCCUGGAUAGUACAAUGCCGGUUGAACAGAAAUUGCCUAAUGAUUUAGUCAGCUUUAAUUAUUCAAGCAGAAAUAAGGAAAAUAGCACAGUGGCAAUGGUUAGUCAGAGAUUGAAUCAGACCAUUGAGCAUGAUAACAAAGCAUCAACUAGAUAAUCAUUUGCUCUAGGUUAGAUAAUGGAGAAAAAUAUCAACAAACCGCAAGUAAUAAACAUGCAUCAAUAGUAAUACAUUUAAAAGUAAAAGUUACCAGAUCAUAACUAGACUCUCGAAUUAGGGCAAUAAGUUUCCUCUAGAAGAAAAUCUCAUCAUUAUAUACAGGGUGUUAAUAAAGAGAAUAAAACAAAACUAGCCAAGUCUCAUUCCAAAACAAAAAUAAACUAGUCAAAGUUGUCUAAUUAUAACACUCAAAAUAUCAAUGGAAACCACUAAUCGCACAGUUCAUUUAUCCAAAGCAAUAGCUUUAUAAAUGCAAAGAAAUCUCCCAGAACUCAAGUGCAAUCUAACUAUAUCACUAAAAAUUGUGAAAGUUUGCAGGAAAAUUCCUAGAGCAUGGAGAUCCUGAACUUUAGCAGAGAAAAUCAUCUGAAUGGCUCAUUAAAAUUUGACUUAAUAAAUUAGCAAUAAUUUACAAGAAAAGAAGUACUCUAAGUGUUAUAAUUUUACCUGACAAAUUUCAAGCCAAAGACUUUGCUAUAGUAGUAAGAAGUUAAUAUUGAGAGUCUAGCUGAAAUUAGAAAUCAGUUCGAUAGUAUUGAAAGAAUCGUAAGAGAACAGAGUUACUCAAUGAUAAUGUUUAUGGAUAUGUUCAAGGAUAUUGAUAGUCUGAAGUAUUCUAAUCCACAACUCUAUAAGAUUUUGGCUAAGUAUCCUUAAUGCGAAAAUGUAGAUUUAAAACUAGAGGAAGUUAUAAAUAAGAUUUAGUCAUGCAGAGAAUUGAUAUUUAAAUUAAACUAAGAUUAGACAUCAAUUCAAGAUACUCUAUGUUAAAGUUCAUCCUAAAGAAACAUCUUACCAGAUACUGAUCAUACUAUCAAAUAAUCUGAGACUAUCAGAAGAUCAAAGAGGCAAGAAAGAAUCCCUUCUUGCCAAUCUGGUUCUGGCGGUGUAAAGGAUAAGCUUAAAAAAGGUUCAAUAAAGAUGUAUCAAUACUUAAGCCACUAGACUUAGAGAUUCAAUCCUUCAGCUAAUUCCUAAUCAUAAAAUAAUCUGAUGAUCUCAAAAUCUCCAAGGUCUCAUCCCUAACAAUAAUUUUAGUUAAACUAAGCUUAAAGUAUGUUAAGAGAAUUAGAAUCUAAGAAUUUGAAAAUAAAAAAACUUGAGGAUAAAAUCCUUGACUUAGAAUAAAUUAUUGAUUAAAAUGACCAAUAGGCUAAGUAAAUGCACAAUAAAAAUGUAGAGAUGUAAAAUUUAUUUGGAUCUUAAGAAUAAAAUAUAAAUACAAUAGAAUGUUAAAGAUAAGAGAUAACCUAGCUUUUAUUAGAUAAGACAAAGUUACUUUAGUAGAUCGAUAAACUUAAUACAGAUUGCGAAAAAUUGAGGGGAUUAAGUCUUGGUACAUCAAAUGUUUCAUAGUUGGAGAGAUUGAUAUAAAUGCUUUCUAAUUUCCUGAUUUCUAAAAAAUAUAAUCAGUUCAGUGGAAAUAACAGAAAGGAAAAUGACAACUUUAUCAUAAGUGAGAACGAAAGAUAGCUAAUGAUUUUGCUUUUUGGUGAUGUUAGUAACUACAAUAAGCUCAAGUAAAAAUAUAGAAAUCAAACUAAAAAAUAUCUAAAGGAGUUAAGAUUUGAACAAGAAAACUUCUUACUGAUAUAUAAGUUGUCUAACUACUUAAUAGAAAAGAUUUAAUCACUCAAAGAUUUGGUGGGUUUCUUUUCUAAUCAGUCUGAUAAUAAAUAGAGAACAGAUCAUCUAAGACUUAUUCAGGAUUUUAUUCAAAAUAAUUUAUCAGUUGUUAAUGAGGAUUUCGAAAGCAUAAAGCUAAAGAUACUGUUGAAAGAUGACAAAAAGAAGACUAGAAAAAAUAACAAUAACACUAAUUCUGGAUCAUAAUAGAAGCAAGCCUCAGGAAUCUUUAAAUAUCAAACUUAAUAAGAGCAGUAAUUCAACAGUAAUUUGAAUGUAAGUUCGUCAAUGUCUGCACAAUCCUAAAUUCUAAACCAAUUUAUUCAAGCUGACCAGUCAACUAUUGAAAGAAACCAUGAUUCAUUCAAUUAGUUAGAUUUUCAUUUGAGAAGUUAAAAUAAGGAUGUAUUCAUCGAAUUGGAUGAGCUUGAAGAAGAUGACAUAUUGGAUGGAAUUCAGACUCCACCAGAAAGCUACAAAUGGAUUAUUGAAAAAAAUCUUGAUAAAGUAUCAGUGCUUUCAACACCUAUGUUCAAUAGAAAUUUCAAUGAAGGAGGAUAGCAGGAAGGAAACAAACAAUAUCGUUGA